GUAUUGAACCCUCACCAGCCUCCAGUUUGCCAACCUUGGUAUUUCUGCUUUACCUCAGCUGCCAAAAGGGUUUCAUUAGGUCAAAUGCAGAAAGGCGUCUGUCUAUCACAAGAUAAAGAAAUCCAGCGAUGCCGAUUACUAGUGGACGACCACUUGACCGGACCCUCCCUCUUCGCCGAUGUCUCUGAUACGAAACGACCUCCGAUUCCAAACUUCCCAGCAGCCGCGGAAACAAUGAAGAAGUUGGGGUAUAGACUUCUUUGGGUGCCUAUGUAAUGG